CCAGCAGUGGAAGGGGCAGGGCCAGUGUUACUCGCGGCCAUCUGGGCUGGGGCCUUUUAUCUAGACGCUGCCGGGGGAGGCUGGAGGAGGAGACACGGGGGUGGCCCUGGGCACCAGCGACACAUUUCCUGGACUAUAAAUUGAACACCUGGGAUGAGUAGGGGGCCGACGCAGACGCCGCCGCCCUCAGUCACUGUCCAGCCACUGACCACCGCAGGGCCCUUGGGCGGCCUCCGCUGGCAGAGAAAGCACUGAGCCGCCAAGAAGCAGGGGAUCUCAGGACGAAAGAGGCUGAGGCUCGACCCACCACCAUCGCGAUCUACCGGACGUCCAAGCUAGAGAAGCCGCUCACCGCGCAAGGCCGGGCUACCAGCCAGACAAGAGUUGGAGAGGGCGUAGGAGGAGUCGGGAACAUCCCACCCCCACCCCCUGCUGUAGCCAGGCUCCCGGCGCAGGCCUCGCCUGGGAGAACGCGUGAAGGCAGGCACCCCCAAGUCCGGGACGACCAUCCUCGUGCCCGAGUCUCUGCGCUUCGGCACCUCCGCGGCCAUCAUGAUGCAAAUCUGUGACACCUACAACCAGAAGCACUCACUCUUUAACGCCAUGAAUCGCUUCAUUGGCGCCGUGAACAACAUGGACCAGACGGUGAUGGUGCCCAGCCUGCUGCGCGACGUGCCCCUGGCCGAGCCCGAGCUCGAUAACGACGUCGGCGUGGAGGUAGGCGGCGGUAGCAGCUGCUUGGAGGAGCGCACGCCUGGGGCACCCAGCCCGGGAAGCGCCAACGGCAGCUUUUUCGCGCCCUCCCGGGAUAUGUACAGCCACUACAUGCUGCUCAAAUCCAUCCGCAACGACAUCGAGUGGGGAGUCCUGCACCAGCCGCCUUCCCCAGCCGCGGGGAGCGAGGAGAAGAGCGCGUGGAAGUCCAAGGACAUCCUGGCGGACCUGAGCCACUUGGAGAGCGCGGAUGGCGGCGAGGAGGACCUGGAGCGGCAGUUCCACUACCACCUGCGCGGGCUGCACACAGUGCUCUCCAAGCUCACCCGCAAAGCCAACAUCCUGACCAAUAGAUACAAGCAGGAGAUCGGCUUCGGCAACUGGGGCCACUGAGGCGGGGCGCCCGCAGCUGCCCAGCACCCCCUCGGGCUCUUUCUACCCUCUCUCUUUCCUCCAAGCUAUUUUCUUCCUGCUUGUGGGGCACGAGGGGCACAUUGCAAAACUGGGCUGUGUAUGUGCAGGGGGCUCGGAGGGAAUGUGUGGCGGAGAGGGCCUCCGUCUCAAGAAGAGGAAACACUUGGUGGGAGAGGGGAGCUCCAGGAUCCCCCACAAGGGAACUGCAUCUGUAUUGUUGGGAAUGGGACUGAGCUGAGGCCCCAUGUUCAGCCUGUGCCUUUCUUGGGGUUUCUUUUUCUCUUCUAAUUUCUGGAGGCGAAGGACCUGAGAAGGGGCCUUGCCAGGGCGCGGCGCUGGGUUGCCACACUUGGGAGCCCGGCUGGAGCCGGGUGCUGGGGAAGGCAGGGCGCGCAACCUCCGGCCCGCCCUGCUGGUGAGCCAGCUGAGGCCCUAGCGUUGCUAAGAUUGCGUCAGUUUUCCUGUUUGCACUAUUUCUUUUUGUAACCGUGGCCCUGUCUUAAGUAUUUCAAAUUCCCUUCUUGCUCUGAAACUUCAGUGAUUCCAUUGUGAUAAGCGCACAAACAGCACUGUUGGUAACCGGUACUACUUUAUUAAUGAUUUUCUGUUACACUGUACAACCGUCCUGUGGCACCACACCCCAUCCUUUUCACACCACCCUUCCCCCACCCCAGUGUGUGUGAGCUGGCAGUGUGCCAACUUGUACGAAGCUUGCCACCCAGUGAAAAAUAAUAACGUUAUUAUGAAAAAGUAGACUCAUCCAAAAUGGAACCAACUGAUAUUCUAUCUGUGUGGUACAUAGAGUGAUGAAGGGUUCCACUGUUGUUGUGUUUUAAAUUUAUUUAAAAGCUUUUUUAAUCCAGAUGUAGAUUAUAUUCUAAAAAUAAAAAAAUCCAAAUAUGUUAACUAAACUGGACAAGCGUUUGUUGCUUUAAUCCGCCUUUGAAUGGCUUAGACCUUAAAUAAAAAUAAACUGAUACUUUUCAGCAAAAG